UGGCGGAGGGCGGUCACGUGCGGCGGCGCCUGCGCGCUGCCGGCUGUUGUUGUGGCGGCGGCGCGGCCCGCGGCUCCCCCCCGGCCGGUAGCGAUGAGCGACAACGAUGACAUCGAGGUGGAGAGCGACGAGGAGCAGCCGAGGUUUCAGUCCGCGGCCGACAAACGGGCUCAUCACAACGCGCUGGAGCGCAAGCGCAGGGACCACAUCAAGGACAGCUUCCACAGCCUGCGGGACUCCGUCCCCUCCCUCCAAGGAGAGAAGCAACAGGCAUCCCGGGCCCAAAUCCUGGACAAAGCCACAGAGUACAUCCAGUACAUGCGCCGGAAAAACCACACGCACCAGCAGGACAUCGAUGACCUCAAGCGGCAGAACGCUCUCCUGGAGCAGCAAGUGCGUGCGCUGGAGAAGGCCCGGUCGAGCGCCCAGCUGCAGGCUAACUACCCCUCGACGGACAACAGCCUCUACACCAACCCCAAGGGCAGCACCAUCUCCGCCUUCGACGGCGGCUCCGACUCCAGCUCCGAUUCGGAGCCCGACGAGCCUCAGAGCAGGAAGAAGCUGCGCAUGGAGGCCAGUUAGGCCCCCCCGCGGCCCCCCGCCCGCCCGCCGGCUGCGUAAGGACUCUCUCCCUUCUCUCGUAGAGGCUCUCGGACUGCAGCUUCCCAGCCCUCCCCGGCCCUUUUCCCUGCUCUAACCGCAACGGCCCCGGGAGGAGCCGGCCGGGCAGGGCCUCGCAGCGCCCGCCCGACAGACUUGGGGGGGGGAUGCGGGGGCCGCGAGGAGACGUCCCCGUCGCCCUCCCACAACUAGCGAGCCCCUCUCCCCUCUGAUUUUAUAUGAGCAUUUCUAUUUAUACCCGGGGACCACGGCAGUCCUGAGCUGAAGGGUGAGGCUGUGCAGGUGCCGGGCAGCACCCCCCCCCCGCCUCCCCGUGCCCCCCCAAAAGGCCAGGCCCCGCAGGGAGCUGCGCCUGCCCCCCCCCCCCCCCCCCCCCGGCAAGCGCUGGGGGUCUCGCUAUUUAUUUUCUGCGUGUGCAAUUCCACCUGCCCCCAGCGCCUGCGAGAGCCGGGGGGGGCAGCGCCCGCACCCCUCCCUCCACGGGCUGCAGAGCCGGUGGGGGGGGGGCCAGGCUGGGUGGUCUGCGUGUGCAUCCUGCCCCCCUCUUCCUUCCCUCCCUUGCCCCCCCAAAAUGCCUCCCCCGGCCCCGUCCCACCUCCGUGGCAUUUUCUGAACUCUAGUGUCCCGUCCCUGCCCCGUAGGUGACCCCGUCCCCUGUCCCCGUUUCGAUGCCAUUCAUUCCAUGGAUCUAAGGUAUGUUGUACAUACUGCCCAGAGUUGUCUUGCAAGUUAAGGCUUCCCUUUACUAUAAGACUAUAAAUAAUAAAAAAAAAAAAAACUUA